AUUUUACAUUCUUUAUUGUGGAAUUGUUCAACUUGGGAAUGGACAAGUCUCCUCUUCGACUUGGUUCUUUUCUUAUCAAAGGUGCUGCAGGUACAGUACGUUCUUCUCUUUAUGGUGAUGGUGCAAACAGAACGCUUCAAAGAUUUGGGCUCAUGUCCAGUAAAACCAAGAGGGCCAAUGGCAAGCAUAUGUCUCCUGCAGAGUCUCACCUUACUCUUUGUUUAAAACACCUUUUUUUACAGCCACGAGUAAGGUUGCGUAGUGUCAUGUUCGUUCACUUUCUGUGUACACCCUUGGUGCUACUUCUGCUUUAUGCAUUGUAUUUUCCAGGCUAUUACGAGUUUUGGCUAUAUUUUGCCAUGCACUCGACUCGAGCUUGGUUGUGGAUUCUGAAAAACGUCUGUUUUCCAGAUUUCAUAUUUAGCAGGCAGAAAGUUACUAUUUUUGGUACUCUAGUAUUGUUUGCGUUACUGAGCUUUUACUGGGUUGCCCCUUGGAUCUUGGCUUCUAACAGAAAUUACUUUGCAGUUCCCUAUCCCAUUGCAGGUUUGCUUGUUUCUUGCUGGGGAGUUGGGAUUGGAAUCAAUUUUGCAGCUGAUGCACAGAAAUACUUUAUGUUACGAGAACGAAAGAUGCUGGUGAAGGAUGGAGUGUUUAGUCGUUGCAGACAUCCUGCAUAUCUUGGAGACCUAUUGUCUUAUGCAAGCAUGACUAUGUUGAGUGCCCAUUGGUUGCCAUUCCUCAUUUAUAUAUUCUUUUUUUUUACUGUUUUUCUUCCUCUUAUCUAUCGCAUAAGAGUAAAAAUUUGGCUAGAUAUUCGGAGUGGCCUCAAUAUAGGAGCGAGACAGGUCUUUUAUUUCCGAAAUUGGAUGGAAGCUAUUUCCAUUCAAUAUGGGAUUCUUACAUGAUCCAGUCGAUUGACUUAAAUUUGAGCUGCUCAAAGAAAAGCAACUAUUCGUCAAGCAAUGGUUCUUCGGUGAGGUUUACUAACCGUUCUGCCCGACACGAGAACGGUGAAGAUAUGCAAGGUUGAUAUAGAGUGUGUAGGAAAUGUGAAAGUAGCAUAGAAUUAGAAAUGGAAAGGAUAUGUUUCGUUCAAGUUGUGUGAAUAUGAUCGAACAAAGGAUCCACAAACAACAACCCAUAAAUAAUGUAACAAUUUCAUUACGUG